AGCAAAAACACGGACCUUCUGUUCAUUAACAGAAGUCAUAGCGUCGGUCUAAUGGGGACACAAUCAUAAUCUCUCACAGUUAGACUUAGAUUUUUACUACGAUCAUGGUCAGAAAAUACACUUUAUUUGCUGUUUUCUUGCUGUCUUACGUUUCUGGGAUUUACAACGAAGGUAUUUACAAUGGGUUUACGUCACAACUCUCCAAGUACUCCAUUGUAAAUCCUCAGGUGAUCCAUAGAUGGACAAGGAGCCUCAACAGAACACAACAGUCAAAAGAGAAAUAUGGAGACGAGACAAUAUCAUAUGCACUCAAUAUAAACGACACAAAGCACAUCCUUCAUCUACAAAAGAACAGAGAUUUUCUACACCCAAACUUUGUUCAGUAUUCCAGUGACGCCUCUGGUAACCACAAGGCAUCAUAUCCGAAACCACGCGUGCAUUGCUAUUACCACGGAGAAGUGGAGGGAUAUGAGAAUUCACUGGUAGCGCUCAGCACAUGCUCUGGCCUCAGGGGUGUGAUCCUCCUUGGAAAUGAGACUUAUGGACUUGAGCCUGUGCCGCGGUCUGCCACCAACGAGCACCUCCUGUACCGCCUAACGGACAUUCAGUCCGACCCCGUCACCUGUGGGGUUGUCAAUGAGGCUCCACCAUCAGCACAAAGCCAUGAACCCUUUGAGCCUGGCCAAUCGCUGACCUCUCUGCUGCGGAGGAAGCGCAACUUGCCUCAAACCAGUUAUGUGGAGUUGGCACUGGUUGUCGAUAAUCUCAGGUACAAUGUUAAAAAUAAAAAUGAGACAGCGGUACGAGAUGAAAUGGUGGAAAUGGCUAAUCUGCUGGAUGGGUAUUACAAGCAGCUGAAUAUCCGCGUAGUGCUGGUGGGCCUGGAGAUUUUCAAGGAUAGUAAUCCCUUCGAUGUGGACGGCUUUGCAGGAGAUGUGUUGGGGAGGUUUGUUAAGUGGAGGAUGACUUCUCUGUUACCAAAGAUCAGGCAUGAUGUCGGUCAACUCAUUGUUGGUCGGUCCACGGCAUAUGAAGGAGGUGUGUUAGGUAUGGCCUUCGUGGGCACCGUCUGCUCCGUAACAACCUCUGGAGGAAUCAAUGUGUUCAGCGAGAAACAAACGCUGUCUUAUGUCUCCACUGUGGUGGCCCAUGAGAUGGGCCAUAACCUGGGCAUGAAUCAUGACAAUACGCGCUGCCAGUGUGAUGGAGGCAGCUGCAUCAUGGCAGCCACUGCAAGUGGUUCCACCAAAUUCAGCACCUGCAGUGGAGAUGACUUUGAGACGCUGAUCCUCCGUGGAGGAGGCUUGUGUCUGAAAAACCAGCCCUCCCCAUCAGAUGUGGUUGACACUGUUGAAUGUGGAAAUGGCCGGCUGGACAAAGGAGAACAGUGUGACUGUGGCAAACCGGAGGAAUGCAACAAUAAAUGCUGUGAUGCUGCCACCUGCAAAUUUACACGCGGGUCCGCCUGUGCGGAGGGGGACUGCUGCGACAACUGUCAGAUCAGAGUUUCUGGAACACCAUGCAGAAAGUCUGUCAACAUCUGUGAUCUUCCUGAAUACUGUGAUGGCAAGAAUGCGCUCUGUCCCGAUGACUUCUAUCUCAUGAACGGCCUGCCCUGUCAGGAUGCGUACUGCUAUGAGGGCCGAUGCCAGACGUAUGAUUACCAGUGCAAACAUCUCUUUGCACCAGAUCAAGCAACAAAGGCAGAUGAUAUUUGUUUCCAGAAUGCAAAUACAAGGGGAAACUUAUUUGGAAACUGUGGACAGACCAGCAGCAACGUAUUUAUCAAAUGUAGUGUAGCAAAUUCCAAGUGUGGAAAGGUGCAGUGUACUAACGUAGACCUCACCACAAUCCCCCCUGGUGCCCAAGUUAGUAUCCAAGUAGUUCAAGGGUCAACUUGUGUUAAUGCAGACUUCAACCUCGGCCCAGAUGUGCGCGAUCCUGCCUAUGUUAACCCUGGCAGCCCUUGUGAUAAAGGAAAGACCUGCCUGGACUUUCAGUGUGUGAACGCCUCUGUUCUGCUGCCUGACUUGGACUGUGAUGCCCGCACCACCUGCAAUGGCCGAGGAGUAUGUAAUGACCAAGGGAACUGCCACUGCGAAGACGGGUGGGCUCCGCCUCGCUGUGACAGGUCAGGGCGAGGUGGCAGCAUAGACAGUGGUCCUGCUCAGAUAGACUACUCCCUCCGGAAUGGCCUGUUGAUCUUCUUCCUGUUGGUGGUUCCUGUUCUGGUCCUUCUCAUUCUGGUGCUGCUCUACAUCUUCAGGAGAGAUUCCCUGGACCCGUGCCUAAAAGGAAACUUUGCCAGCCGCCUCAAGUCACGUAAUGCUCAAAAUGCAAAUGGUCAGUCAAACAGCAAUGUUCAGACAAGAGCCACAACCCAGCCUCCAGCCCAGGCGCCCCCAGAGAGGCCUGGAUAUCCACCAGCUACCUCAGUUCCCAUUUCUGGUUUCAGAUAUGGAGAACUCGAUUAUUGGAAUGCAGAAACAAGCGCUGUCCCUGCACGACCACCGGCUCCAACGCAGGGCCCCGGAGUGCCCAGACCAAUCCCAACCAAUCAGCCACCAAACUGAUUCUCUUUUUGUUUAUUAAAUAUUUUUUAACUGUAUUGUGAAUGUAUGGAGUUAACGUCAGCUCAACGCAGUAUGAAGAGACAAUGUGUAAACACUGUAAUAAUAAUGAUAGACUCACUGUUACUUGUUGCCAGCACAUUUUUAUAGUCGAUUGUGGUAAAGUGGUGGUGGAUGAGCCUGGUGUAAAUAUUUAUUGGAAUAUGUGUGUUUUUAUGAGAUUCCAGUUUAUCACUCAUUGAAAAUAUGUGCACAUAAAAUAUUUUUAAUAAAUCACCAAAUAUUUUGUAUUU